AAAGGACACUAUUCUUGCAUCCUUUGGUAUCAGUUCAGUUUCACAAAAAAAAGUUAAAAGAUAUAAUGGAGCCUGUUGUUAAUGUCAUCAUUAUAUUAGGUGCCUGUGUUAUUUUCGUGUUGACUGUCAUAUGCUGUAUCUCCCAUAGGAAGAAAGAGCCUUUGUUUCAGCCGCGGGAUUUGGAAAACGGUUUAGCGGGAAUAAAAGAUGGAGGACUUGUUGUUUUGACAGGAACAGCUGUUGUUGCUGCGGGUGUAACCACAGAACGUUCUGGCGGUUGCGGCGGUGGAGGAGAUGGUGGCGGUUGUGAUGGUGAUGCUGGUGGAGGAGAUGGUGGCGGUUGUGGAGGUUGUGGCGGCUGUGGAGGUUAAGGGUUUCGUAUAGUUUGUGGGUGUGAAAUUAUCUCUUUAUUAACUUUGCAUAUAAACUAUUAACAAAAACAAAUGUAAGAUUUCAACUCUUGUGAGGUUGGAAAUUGUAUCAUAACGUGAAGAAAUGAUCGUGUAAAUAUGAUUCUUUGUUUACAAAAUAUCAAUUCUUUUUG